GAUACAUCAACAAACUGCGAGGUAGCAGCACCACCAGUGUUAGGGCUAAGUAUUUGAUUAAGCUAUUUUCUUUAGCUAUUAAUACAUGCUGCAUUGUUAACAUUAUAUUGAUGUCUCUCCUUUCCUCCGGAUACCCCCUGGUGAAGAACUCUUUCGUAAUAGUAAGUUAUCUGUGAAGUGAGCUGGUUGAUGCAGAGAUAGCAGCUAGCUAACGUUAACUUAGCUGCAAAUCAUAUAACGUUACCACUAAACUUCAGCCAAUAGCUAAUGAUUUCUAUAGGCUUUGUGAAGUAGGAUGUAUUGCAACGCAGUUCGGUCAUGCACUUGCUUUGUUAUAUCGUUGUUUCUGAAGCUUACAAUGUGUGUUUGUGGCUAGUAGUCAGCGCUAACUCCUAGCUGGCUAACACUGGCUACCAUCGAAUGGAGGUAUCACGCAGUCCUGGUGGUUGGGCAUCAACCACAGCCAAAACGCGGAAGUAAUGUGGAUUUUGCGCGUCUACGUAAAUGUGGAGUGCAAAAUGAUUGGUCGAAGAAUCGCAGGCAAGUGCCUCUCAGCUAGCUACGUGAUUUAUACCGCGCUUUUCAAUCGCAGAGGUAAGUUGCAGCUUGCUAUCAUCGUAAUUUAUAAACUGUAUUAUAUAGAGAAAAUACAACAUUGACCGUCGAGUACUCGUGCUAGUAACGUUUUUCGUUGUGUACACGCAUUGCAUGUUGCAUACACGCAGGUUGCAUGUUUAUGUCAGUCAUAAAAAGAAUAGUUUGACAGCAACGAGGUCUUGUUUAACGUUCCUCUGCAGAGCAGCAUGUAAUGAAGCAUGCGUACUAGUCCGGGAGCCGGGGGGAAUCGACAUCAGUUUGUCGGUUUUUGAGUUAAAACGCAGGUCUGGUUAACAUUUUUAUAUUGAUUCGUUGGGUUUGAAUGUUAAUUUUGCUUCCCCCUUCAGAUCUGCCUUAUCAGCUGCCCAUCACUACCAUCCCUACCAUCCCUACCACCACACCUUGUACACUCCAUCUAAUCCAGUGUUUUUCAACCACUGUGCCGUGGCACACUAGUGUGCCGUGACACAUUGUUAGGUGUGCCGUGGGAAAUUAUCAUAAGUUUAUCAUAUUAUUAUAAGUGGUCUAAAAAAGAGUGAAUAGACAUCAUUUUCUUUGUGUUCAUUUGAUUCCUAUUCAAGACACUUUGACAAGAAUGACUUGAUAUUGUUAAUGCGGGCUACAGAUUUUUAUUUAAUUUCAUUUUCCAUAAAAUUUCAUUUUAUUUAAAAUUUUCGGCUGGUGGUGUGCCUCGGGAUUUUUUCAAUGACAAAAGUGUGCCUUGGCUCGAAAAAGGUUGAAAAACACUGAGAAACAGCUCUUUUAAGAGCUACUCUCUUUGUCUCUGUCUGUCUGUCUGUCUGUCUCUCUCUCUCUCUCCCCCUCUCUCUAUCUCUCUCUUUCUCACACUCACUCUCAGCUGUCAGGUAGGUUUACUGAAAUUGAAAUAUAUAAAACAUGCUAUCAAGUUAUUAUGACACGUAUUUGUAAUUCAUGUACUCACAACUAAUGUACUGUAUUUGUGUGUUUCUACCCAAGAGUAUGGCUGAGAAUACAGAAGGGUGUCCUCCAAAACGGCGCGCCUGGGUGGCAUACAGCCAGGCCCCUGGAAGUACCCACUAUGACCUUAACGCCUUCCCUAAAUUAAAGCGCAAGCAAUCGGAUCACAAAAAGAGGUCAGAACAGGGAGGGGGCGCACCACGGCCUCACCUUAGCCACACCUUGGCUCAGCAGCUACAAGAAAGUGAUCCAACAGAGGGGGUGUCAGGAGGGAAUCCCGAGGGGGAUGAGCAGGAGGACAUCCCUGCGAGGGAUGAGCAGGAGGACAUCCCUGUGGAGGAAAAUGUGGUACCAUUCACAGACACAGACACAUAUCAGUGUCUGUUGCUGGAGAGUGAACGUGUCUUGGUGGUUGGUGGUGGGACCAUGUUUGUCCUCAACCACUACAACAUGGUGACAAAGUGUUUGGAUAACGACAAACUGGUGGUUGUGGAAAGGAGGCCUGUUGUUUUUCAACAGUGCUGGUCCUACGUUUACAAAUGCUCCUGCGACCAUCACCAUGGGAGGCUUGUGGAAGCUCUUUCCAGCAACCUUGAGCAGUCCUUUGGCGAAACCAGCUGCAUCCAUGUGAAGGCCCUGACACAAGUGCUGCACAACUUAAAUGUGCCUGAGGUGCCUGAGGUGCCUGCGAAUCAGGAAGAUGGACCACUCACACAGUGACAACUACUAUUGCCUUAAGAAGCCCAUCUGUUCACCUUGUCUGAAUAGAGCGGUGGUAGUGUAAUGGUUGAGGAACUGGGCUAGUGUGUCAUUUCAGUUCCCAGCUUCCAUCGUUCCCUUGAGCAAAGCACUUAACCCCAAGUUGCUUUGUUGACAAUACAGUUGUGUUCAGAAAAAUAGUUGUGCUUUAAAAAGAAGUGAUUAAGAUGGAGUUACAUUCGGUUAGUUAAUCCAUGCCUAGCAGUGGUGUAAUCUAGUUAGCUGUAGUGGGCAGACAAGAGCCGUAGACUCCCCCUGGAUAGGAUACCAGUCCAUCGUACUGUAGGUAACUCCCAGCAGGAGCCAGCCUAUCAGAAUACCUGCCCAUAUUCAUUCAUCCCUGAACCAUAUUCAUAUGACUAUCCUGUGGAUCUUGGGGUUUUGCUUUAUUCACUGCAUUUUUAGUGUAAACCCGGCGAUUGGAUUUUGCCCUGUAGCUCAGGUUGGAAGAGGAGAGAGAAUAGAAUAUACUUUAUUAUCAUGCCUGCAUGUCUUUGGUCUCACUGGUAAGCGUAUAAAACACAUAGGAAACAUAGAGUACACACAUUCAUUCCAAUACACAGAAACAUAUAUCCACAUCACAUGUACCCCCUCCCUCAGCCCACACACAUGUGCAUACACAUCAGAUGCAAGGCAGAAAACACCUCCCUUCUGUCUAGCUUUUCCAUUGUUUAUUAACCAUGGAAAUUGCAUUUGGAAUAAAGGAGUUUUUGUAUAGUCAGAAAAGCAGCUCUGUUAAGAGUGCUGCAAGGUGUAAAUCCUUUUUUGGUGCUCUUCGGUGCAGGGAUUCCAGAUUUAGAAAAAGAGAGGUCCGAGGCACUCAAAAAUGAUGCAUAUAAAAACUUUUAUUUGUCUACUUACUUAUAUUUUUCCUUGCCAUGUGUACUUCCGCCCUAGGGGAAGCAGCUCAAAUUCAGAGUGGAGCGGGUGGGUGUCAUCAUCUAGUAUGUCCAUGGUUUUACUGUGUACUGCAGUGCUGUAUAGAUUAUCUAGUGUUUUUUUGAGGUCGCCCUAUGAUUUUCCCUGCCAUUUUUGCAAUUCUGGACAGCUCGUUCUUAUUGUGUUAAGUCCUAGUUAAGAAACCUGCACAUUUAUGUCUCCUGCUUCCUAUUCAUGUUGGUUUGAUUACUGAAGGACUAUCCAAAGGCGCACAGUCAUUUGAACUAUGCCCCCUGAAAACGCCUCUUGUGCAGUACAAAUACAGUACAAAUACAGCGCAGACUCCCCAGAGUAUGGCGAUAGCCUAGGGAGUGGAGGUUAGAAGAUUAAGCUGGCCACUCCAUAACCUCAAACCUUUUUGUCUUCUACGGAUAUGUGUGUGUGUGUUUCACAUAGCAAAAUUGAAUGUUCCUAUUUUUGUGUCUAGUGGUCGUUAAGAUUAAGUCAGGUGAACCCUCUAUUGAUGUAUUUUAUGUUGCAUCAAUAUGAAUCUUAAACUUAUUCUGAGAAUAAGAGAUUCUUAUCUUGAUCUAGAAAAGAUUAACUGAGGAAGAACAUUCUGUAACACUUUAUUUGAAGGGGUCUACAUAAGGGUGACAUGUAACCGUCAUAAGAAUGACAUGACACGUCAUGCACAUUGAUGACACAUUAUUGAUGUUUAUGGCUAUUGUCAUAAUGUGUCACUCGGUUUUUGGAAUGGCAAAAACCUGCCAACGUCCAACACCUGUGAAAAUGAUUUAAAAAUCCGAAUGACAUAUUAUGACAACAGUCAUAAACAUCAUUAAUGUGCAUGACAUGCGUCAUGUAUCAUGUGUCAUGUCAUUCUUAAGAGGGUUACAUGUCACCCUUAUGAAGACCCCUUCAAAUAAAGUGUUACUGAACAUUCCUGAAUAGCUGUCAUCAUUAUCCUGUAUUUACUACUGUCCUGUUAUUUACUCUUCUUUCUACUACUUGCAUUUGUCUAGCAAUAAUGAUCAGUACAAUUUAUAACUUAAAAGUUUAUGAAUAUAUAGAAUUCAUAUACAUACAUUUAAAAUCUCUUUGAAGAGCAACCCGAUUGACUUUUUAUAUCAAUGUUCUGUGCAGAACACAUUAAAUACCAUAAUUACAUCCAAUAAUCUGUCCUACCAGUUCAGGUUUAUCAUGUGAAGUUGACAUUGUUAAUUGUUUUCAAGUGAACUUGCAUAAAAUAAACUUCAGAACUUGGUACAACUUUGUGUUUACAGUGUCUGACUGAAUGCACACUCCUAGCAAAUGAGACAGCCGCACAUACUGUGUAACAAUUGAUCUGAUUGAUCAAUAGCAGUUAUUAUGCUAAAUUAAAAGAGUCAUUAUUGAAGUAUUGAACAUCUCAUAGAUACUUAACUCUUGUAACUUGGUAUGUCAGGUCUAAAUGCAUACACAACAUCCAUACCAGGACGGUAGUUAGAAGAUUAGUAUUUUCUUGUUGUCAAUGCAUUUGAAAGGUAACAA